AUGGGAAGCAUACCUGUAGGUGGCUCCCCCAGAUCAUUACAGAGAGGAAAAACCUGGACUCUGAGCCAUAGACCCCAGAUACACUGUAAAACUCUCGAAGAGGUGAUAGCUGUGGCCCUGGGUUGUGCAAUCCAGGCCUCCUUGAACCAGGGCUCUGUCCUGCAAGAGUAUGACACAGACUGUGAGGUCUUCCGCCAGCGCUUCAGGCAGUUCCAGUACACAGAAGCUGCGGGGCCUCAUGAAGCCUUCAACAAACUCUGGGAGCUUUGUUGUCAGUGGCUGAAGCCAAAGAUGCGUUCUAAGGAACAAAUCCUGGAGCUGCUUGUGCUCGAGCAAUUCCUAACCAUUCUCCCCACAGAAAUAGAGACCUGGGUGAGGGAACACUGCCCAGACAAUAGAGAAAGAGUUGUGUCCCUCAUUGAAGACUUGCAGAGAGAGCUUGAGAUACCAGAACCACAGAUUGACAUGGAUGACAUGCUCUUGGAAGAACUGGCACCAGUUGGAACAGUACCCAUGCCAUCCACCUUGCACCUGGAGGCACCUGCGCUCCAAGUAAUGGAACCUGUCCAGGAGCCCCCGGUGCCAGAUGCCUGGAUGCCACAAGCAGGGCCACAGGAGCUGAGCUACAGUGCUAAUGGUGAAUGCCAACCCUUUCUGGACCCUGGUUAUCAGUUACCAAAGCUUGACAUGAACUUCCCAUUGGAUCAUAGAGAAGAGUCAUGGGUAAAAGAAUUACAGGAUCCCAAAGAUAUGAAACAAUUGCUUGAUCCCAAGAUUGGUUUUGAGAUGGGGCUAGAAAAUGAAGAGGAUCCUUCAAAAGAGAAAAAACUGGAAGAUAUGUACCCUUUUGUGGUAACUUUAGAAGGGAAUGCUCUCCAUGGUCCCAUCCUGCAGAAAGACUAUGUGCAGUUAGAAAACCAGUGGGAUCCACCCCCAGAGGAUUUACAGACAGACUUAACCACACUUGGAGACCCUCAGAACCCCACUCUAGGAGAGACACCUGAGACCUCCAAUUUGGAAGAACCUCUCAGCCCAAAGCCUCCAAAGAAAAAGAGUCCUGGAGAGAAACCUCACCGAUGUCCUCAGUGUGGAAAAUGCUUCGCUCGGAAGUCCCAGCUUACUGGGCACCAGAGAAUUCAUUCGGGGGAGGAGCCUCACAAAUGCCCUGAAUGUGGAAAAAGGUUCCUGCGGAGCUCAGACCUAUAUAGACAUCAGCGACUUCACACCGGAGAGAGACCCUACGAAUGUACUGUAUGUAAAAAGCGGUUCACUCGGCGCUCACACCUUAUUGGGCACCAGAGAACCCAUUCUGAAGAGGAAACAUAUAAAUGUCUUGAGUGUGGGAAAAGAUUUUGUCAUGGAUCGAGUCUUAAAAGACACCUGAAAACCCAUACAGGUGAAAAGCCCCAUAGAUGCCAUAAUUGUGGAAAGAGUUUUAGUCGCCUGACGGCGCUCACUUUGCACCAGAGAACACACACGGAAGAGAGGCCCUUUAAAUGUAGCUACUGUGGGAAAAGCUUUAGACAGAGACCGAGCCUUGUAAUUCAUUUGAGAAUCCAUACAGGGGAGAAGCCAUACAAAUGCACUCACUGUUCUAAAAGCUUCAGACAGCGAGCGGGCCUUAUCAUGCACCAGGUCACACACUUCAGAGGACUUCUUUAA